GUUCUCAACAGAACUUGCAUUGCAUGGAUACGAAGUUACAAAACAACACAUAAUAAUAAGUGAUUAGUAUGAAAAGCUAAGCACACGAUUUCGUAACCUCAUUUCGGCAGCAGAAUGAGCAGCAGCAUAAAUAAAUAUGGUCUGAACUCUGAAAUAGCUUAGCUAGGGAGGGAGAUUUGGCAGAAGCAGAAUCGUUUUGGGUAUAACACCAUCCCCUACUUAUAAUUAGCUUCUAACAUCCCUUUUUUCUUCUUCUCUCAUUAUUCUUUUCUUUUGUAACAGAGAGAGAGAUAAAUUCAGUUCAGUGGGAAAGAAGGAAUGAAAUGAAUACAUUCUGGCGGGUUUCUGCUGCUGCUGCUGCUUCUCAUUAUGCUGCUGCAGUUUGGAGUGGACCUAUCAACGUACCCUAUUGACUAUGAUGGGCAACAGCAGGCCAGAGAUUGCAGAGAGAGAGAGCAAAGAAGAGAGAAUUUUGCAAAAGUUGUAUCGCACAGACAACAACAGCAUAUAAUUAAUGAAGAGAAAGAAGGAAGGAAGGGCGAGCAGAGCAGAGCAGCAGCAGUCAAAUCGCCGAGCUACAGCACCAUUCAAAGGCUGACGUGCCCUACGUGUUGUACCUUAAUUUGCCGGUUGGAUUCCUUUCCCGAUGCGGAAUUUGAGUUAGUAGUCCGGCUACCGACGGCGACUCGGAGGUACAGGGCGGAAUUGAAGACGCCUUCACCGUCCGACGGCAGCCAUCUUUUCAUGUGUGGGAUUGAUUGGUGCACAAUGCAACUCUCCUAAGAUUGACUUUCGCGUUGAAAUCCGAUCAUAAUUUUCGGGGUUUCGGUUAAAAAAUCCAGCUGAUGUGUCUCCUCUUGAUAAUAAUGGGCUCGAUUCAAUGUUGUACUUGUAUGAAAAAUGAAUUGAAUGAUUGAUUAUUUUUUUGAUAAUGGUGAUUGAUUAGAAAAAAUGAAAAAGGAGAACGAUACAGAGGACAAAGUAAAGGGGAUCAACAAGAUUGAUCACCAAGACAGGGAAAGAAAAGUGCAGCAGGAAAGGGUUACAAAGCACUUUUCAAAAAAAAAAAAAAAGGGUUACAAAGCAAGCCCAGACCAAACCUCCGAAAGGGAGGAGGGACUCAAAGUGUAUAAAAAGAAAAAGCAAAAUGAGAGGUAUCAAUAAGAAAAACUAUGGAAAAUGAACAACCAAAUGCUAUGCACAUCUGAGAUAUAUUAUAUGAUAUACCCCCAACCCUGACAACCCAACUUGUGGAUCUGAGCAAGGAAUCGAGCCUAUAUUCGGGAAACAAGAAGUUGCAACACAAAUGAAUUUGAGCUACUACUCGGGAUUAGGAUUUUCGACUCGGAAAACUAAUGUGUAAGGAAACCAUGGAGGAAAGAAUAUAGCUACAAAAAAAGUUGUGUUUGUCAUGAGAUUAAAUAAGUUGGACCGCUAAAUAUCUCUUUAAAUUUACUAUUAUCGCCCUAAUUUAAAAUGUAAAAAUGUUACAUUAUCCUUUGUUAAUUUAACCAAAUUCAAUAAAACAAAUCACCUCUAAAACCAAAAUGUUCACCUGGUUGGUUAUUUCAACACACUUGAAAGGUUAUAAUUAUAAUAGCUUAAAUUAUGCAGAUUCAUUCCUUUCAUAGUAAACCCAACCAGCAAUCGUUGGAUUGGAGGGGAGGGAAGAGCCUAAUUGGGGGAUCGUUAAGUACCGGGUAUCGUACCGGAAAAGUCAACGGUAUGAUAUUUUAUGAUAAAACAGUGGUUUUACCGUAGUUGAACCGUUAGACCGUUAAAUACCGCCUACCGAUUUAGCCUCCAAUACUAGUAUUUCGUGGUUGAACCGUCGGUACGGUACGGUUUCAUGGACUAUGCUCUUAAGUCGUAUGCCAUAGGGCGUGGCCGUGGACGAAUUGGCAGGGGAAGAUGCGCACAUUAAAAUAAAUAAUAAAAUCAACAAUAGAAGAGAAGAGGAUAAAAAAGUAAUUUAAAAUUUAAGUUAUUACUAUUAUAGUAAAAAAUUAGGACGACAAUUAGCAAUCCCAAACCAUAAGUAAAAACAAACUAGGUAAUGGAAUCCAACCUACGAUGUAAAACAACGAAUUGAAAAGGAUCAGUCUUUUGAGUAAAGAUCAAUAACUAAAGCAUGGUUGAAGGUUCAUUGCAUUCAACAUAUGUUUUGCAUAGUGUGGUAAUCAUCGAUUACCAAUUAAAAUCAACCUUUCUUUUCAUGGCUUUGGCAUCAACACUCACCUAAUUCACUUUAAUCACUUACAUAUCUUAAGGCCAAGUUCAAUGGGAGCCCUAUAAUUGGGGAAGUCCCCAUUUAUGGCGGAUGUCUGGCUCCAACGCCGGACCAUUAAUGGCGAUCGACGCUAUUUUUGGAGGCGAUCGGCAUCUCCGACGCCAAAUUUGGGGAUGGGAAUGCCGAUUUCCCCAUUUAUGGAGACUGGAAAAAAGUUGUCCCGCCACCACUUUUUUUUUUGUAAUUUAAUUAAAAUGCGUUCUUGACAUACGAAAACAAAUUUUCUAAGUUUUGUGUGUAAAUCCAAAUUAGUUCAAUAAUUUUUUGUAAAAAAAAACUUGUUCUCGGAAUUUAAAAAAUUUCUAUUUAAAAAUGAUGACGAACUAUACAAAAAUUAACAUAAAAAUUAUAUUAAAGCUUCCCUAAGUACAUUUUCCAGUAAAUGAAAAACUAAAAAAAAAGAAGAGAAAUACUCAAAUUUGGAGAAUGUAGCAUUGAAGCAGAAGAGAAAAAAAAAUGGAGAUUAUCCCCAAAUUUAAGAACUAGCAUUCAACUUAGCCUAAAGGACCAAACCUAAAUUUGGGUUUAAUGGUGGUCAAUGGACCUUUUUCAUCCAUUCCACUCCAUGUGACAGUGUUGUAUGAACAGGCGAAGCCUGGUGCAGGCUUGAUUUCUUGAACAGCUACUUCUCUCGUGGAGGUACAAAUUUAGGGAGUGGAUAAAGCCGCAACUUGAUCCAUGAUUGGAAUAGUAUGACUGCCGAAAACCUGAUUAAUUAGUUGAUUACGUACCCCAUGCAUUUGCAUAGAAUUAUAGAAAGAAUAAUUUCAUUUGAUAUGAGAUUAAUUAUGAGUAAGUAGUAAUUGGAUAUCAACAAUUCUUUUCACAAGUAGCUGGCUAGAAGUAGAACGACCCUCAUAAGUCGAGGGAAAAGAGUAAUGAUUGAAAGAUUUUGUCCAUGCAUUGGCCCCAUCGCCGUAGAAUUAUUAUACCUUUCCCUAAUUCUAAAGACAUAUGGGGGAAUUAGGUAAAAGUGUUGAAUAAUUGGGCGUUUUUUUGCCUUUGUUGACCCAUGAGACCACCAUUAAUUAUGUGCAUGCACAAUGCAAAACCCAAAUCUACCUAAACCUAAGCUAGAUAAUUAACAAUGCAAAGGUUUCGGCUUGAUUUGUCUUUCUUUCUUUAUUCUUGUUGAGUGACUGACACGUAUAUAUGACAUAACCCCUUCAUUUGGCUUUUUUUUGUUAAAUAUUAUUUAUUGUCCUAAACGCGGAACAUUCUCUACUAAUUCAACAAUAGGGUUGCUACCUGCAAGGGAAGUUCUCAAGAUGGAAUUCAGAUCACCUUAAUUUAAGUACAUAGAGACCCUAUCUGUAAGUAAAAUUCUCAGGUGGGAAUUCAGAUCAACUUCAAUGUUGACUAUUGAUUUGAGUACAUGGAAAUGCCGGAAUGUACAAAUUUUAAAUUUAUAAGUUGGUUUUUGUUUGAAGUAACAUGUAAGAAAACGAAAUUAAUUUUAUUUAUAUGUAAUCUCUUUCAACAAUUUAAAUUAUUAGAACGGACGAAUUCUUUAAGACCUUUACCCGUAAAUGGUUUGCUAGGUAACAUCAAUAAUCAUUUGUUAAUGUGCAAUCUUUUGGGGGCAAAAAGUGGGAGCAUUUUGCUUGAGGUAGAGAAGUUUCCCACUUAUGCAAGUUGGCAGCCAAAGCUAGGAUUUGGAGAGACAAGUACGUAAUGUGAGAAGGAAACGCCUAGAGAAAGAGAGUUGCAAAUGUAGACCUAAAUUACUAAAAGGUGCUCAUUAGAGGAGGCCUUUUCACUUGCAUAUAUAAAAGUUGCUGUUUGACAAAACUCGUAGAAAUUUUACAAUUGCUUAUUGAUUACCAUACCAAAAACGUGCUACAAUAUCCCAAUUUUGAGCAUUGUAAAUUUAUAAGUUAGAAAGGAAAACAAAUGUCAACAUAAGUAUAAUCUUUUGUUUGAAUCUCUAUGUAGUAUAUAGUCAUUUUAUCAAUUACAUAUGUUCUUUAUUAUUUAUAGGACGGAAGUAGGGAAAGUAAUGUGUCCGGUUUGUUUAAACAUAAAUCCAAGUAUGCAACACAGUGGAUGCAACCAUUUCAAAAUUCCGGGAAAAUACCCACUGAGUUUUGGAAAAGCAAACCCUAUCCAACCCCAAUAGAUACCCAUGACUUCACGAACAUUACUAUACAGUAUUUCUCCGAACACCUAUAUAGUAAUAUUGUCAAAAUUAUUCUUACAGUUAUAUAUUUACAAAGACUAAAGAAAUCAAUAAAUUAUACGUAUUAUUAUGUGAUACUGACAUCAAAACUUAAAAAUAUCAAUAGAUUAUUCAUAUUAUCCUUGUUCCUAAAGUUUACAUAGGGUAACAAUUAGUCUUUACUAACACAAAUUGCCCUAAUAAAUCCAAGCAUACAUUUAUGGUCAUGGAGCUCAUACCAUCCAUUUACAUUUUAGAUAGUGUGCUGCCUAUAUUGAUUAAAAUGAAAAACUAUUUGGAAGAUUAAAACGCUUGGUGCAAGUUGAAAGGGAUGAAAAUGACGGGAGUGCCUUUUUGUGGUUGUAAAAACUAAAAAAAGCAUUUGUUGGACUUUAGGCGUAUCAUUUUUAGGAAAGAAUGUGGAUUUCGCACUGGCAAAAGGUAAUGUUAGAAACCUAGCUAGCUGGUGGCACAAGCCUUUGCCAAAAUGUUCUAAACCAACACGUGUGGUUUUUGGUUAAUAAUAUAGCUUUGUUUAUUAAUCAUCAAUAAUUUAAUCACUGUGUGGUUGUUAAUUGUAAUGUUGAUUCUGGAUCAUGCGAGAAGGAAAGGGACUGAUGGGGAGAUUACAAAUCCAAAUACCCAAAAGAAUCAACGUAUUAGGUAAAGCCCGCAGCCCCACGACGAUGAAGAAUUCACAGCACUAGUUACACGUCUUAGCUAACUUUUUUCUUGUGAUGGGACUGCAUCAUGCAUAGGUCACAAGAGACCACAAAUUUAAUCGAUUAUCGGUGUGGCCUAAUACAAAUAACCUCGCACAAGGAAAAUUCGGGUGUAAAUUCUAUCGUUGUAGAGAAAUUUAGGUCUGCUUGCUUGUUCGUCUACAAGACUCGAACCAUAUCUCGUAGUUGUGGAGCUUCCCAGAUCCUAUUGUUCACUCAAUUGCGUCACAAAGCGAACGUUUAACAGACGAGACGAGCAAUCACCACAUACUAACAUCAUGCCCAUACUGAAAUCCCAAAAACUAUGAACUCAUGAGACUGCUAUUUUCAAAGUGUCCAGAAUUUGAACAAAGGAAGAAACGAGCGAGAACAAUGAAGCCACACAGGUCAAUUCAGCAGCCUGGACUUUAUUCUCAAACAAAUGGUUCAGACAUGAGUGAGAAGUAAAGAGUUAUAUCUUCUUUUCAUUCAUCGACAUCAUCCUUACAACCAACAAAAACUCGAACAGAAAGAUGGGCCAAAUUAGGGUCCCCGUCGACCACCUUCAACUUCGCGUACUUCCUGGUUAAAAAAAGCCACAAAUUUACCAGUCAGGCUUUCGGGCAAACCGGAAACACACCUCUAAAGCAGAAUCUAUAGAGCAUGAAGUACGCAUCACAGAACAAAGGACACCCUAAGCUCAGUGGUCAAAACAUAUACUCAGGGACAUGUCCACCCAAUGGAUUGAAAGGCAUGACACCCUUUCCAUUUCAACUACAAGCAUUGCCCUUAUAGAACAAACCAAAGAUAGAGAGAACAAAUCAAAGUUAUGAUU